AUAUUAAAUUGUAUAUAAGCAUUAUACAUAUGUACUUUCAAAUUUUUAAUGAGAAUAUACAGACGAAUGGCGGGAAACUAACACGUGUCCGUUGCCUAGUAACGAACUGCCAACAAAAAAACUUUGUGAAUGAGCAGACAUGGCAUAGCUACAUAGCUUCCUUCAUUUAAGGAAGCAAUGACAAAUUUUUAACGUCACCGAAUCAUAUUUUACAUCGCUCAAAAUUUUUUAAGAGAGAAAGUAGCUUCUGUUUCAAUAAUUAUUUCUCAUUAGACUGUAAUCACUGAAAAAUUGUAUAUUUGAAUUUUUCAUCAGAAAUGACAAAAUGCAUGAGAAAGGAGGUUAAUCUAAAAAGCAGCACCUACAAUCAAACGGGACAGAACUAUUUCCAGCAAUUGACGGCGUAUAAUUCGAUGAGCUCGCAUUUGCGACGCAUUUUAUCUGCGAAGAGCGUAGUCGAUUCGAGAAAUAAAAAUUUGUUGAAGAAAAAUCAGCGGUGCAAGGUACAAGAAAUCUAUGAUAAGAGAUUCUGUGCGCGUCCUGAAGUAACAGACGAAGUGAUCGAUAGAUUGGCCUAUGAUACUCUGCAUCAUCCAAUGGAUAUAUUAAGAAUGAAUUUUAAUUCGGCGCAUCUGGAUUGUUGCAAUUGUAAUCCAGAUCAUCAGCAAUUAAGAGUUUGUAGUGACCGAAAGUAUUGCGAAGAUAGUGAUCGAAUGGGUCACGGAUCGACUUUGAAGAAUCGAAGAAUGGCAUCACCGGUGACUACACGUUCAUUGAAACGUAAAAAGUUUACACCGAGUUCCGUUUGUGCAAAAAAAGAAUUAAAAUCCAUGCGAGAGAUCCCUCAUGAAAUCGGUCCAUCGACAUGUUACUCGCAACAGAGAAAAUGUAGAUACGACAAAAAUUCGUUCUUCGUCCCUUGCACAACUACUGCAUUAGACUCGGUAUUUAAAACAGGCUCUCAUUCCCCGAUGCAAGAAAUGAACGAUCGUCGCUCCUCGGAUGCCUCACAGUGCUAUGAUUUUGAUUGUUUAAACGACAACCAAUCUGGCGAAUCAAAGUUCGUUUCGAAACAACUUUUAUCCCAAAAAGAGGAAGAGAAGAAAUAUGUCAAAUUCAUUUACGACAUUACCAAAGAAAUAAUACAGAAAGGUCUUUAUACCAAUAAUGAUCUGCGAAAUGUGUUCAAGAAGCAUAUUGAUCGAUAUAAAGGAAUACUAAACAUGAAUAAAAUGCUGUACGAGGUCUAUCAGUUAAAGAUCUCCUUGAACAUGAUGGACGAGGAUUCAGAUACAGAUGAUGAACUGGAGGAUCUGAUUCACGCGCAAAAAUUGUUGAGCGUAUUGGAAAUCAGACCGCCUACCCCACCGAAAGUUUUGAAUGACAACAAGGUGAUGGAGAAGUUGGAGUCUUAUCGGAAAAUAACUGACAGAUCGAGCAUUCGAAGAACAGUGACGUUGAUCGACGCGAAUCCCGAUCUACUCGUCACGGAGAGAGACGUACUGAUGUCGUUGGUGGAAGUGGGCAUCGAUCCCAAACAGGUUCAACAUAUCUGCAAGAAUCUGCGCCACAAGAGCAGAGACACGCCGCAAGCAGAUGUAGAAGCGUAUCCUUUAGAUCUGGAAGUGGACGAGCCAGAAGAACUACGAGAUAAUGACAGACAGGUUUCUCCCAAGAUCGAAAUAGCUGAGGACACCUAUGAUUCUGUCGCGGAUGAUUCGCUCAAGGAUUCAGAGAAACAAGAAGCCAGCUCUUCAACAUCGAACUUAGUGUCUGUACAAGAUGAGACAGUCGAAACAAUAAAAGAGGAGAUAGACUCUCAAACUAUAGUCGAAAAUGUAGAAUCUCAAACUAUAUCCGAAAACGACAAGGUGGACUCGUGAACCGAACUGUUAAAUAUUUUGGGUUUCACCGGAAACUUGUUUCUAUUUUUGUUAUCAAGAAACAUUUAAUUUCAAUGCAUUAUUUGUUAUCAUAUUGCUUUUGUACGCAUAUCAUGCUUGAAUAACUCAUUGUGUUAGCAACGAAAUAAACAUUGGAUAUAUGCAAUUAUUUAGUUCGCUUGGUAAAAAAAUUGACAAAAUCGCCGAUAUUAAUAAUGUAGUAUAAGAAUCAAGAUAUACACUUUGAUCUUAUUCAUGUACAUGUUUCUUUUAUUCAUAUAUGUAUAUUUGUUUCCUUACAUUGAAUUUCACGUUUGUCUGAGAAUUGUUUGUCGUAUUUUCAACAAGUGAAUUCUUACAACAGAGAACUCUCAGAAAAUAUACACACAGUGGAAAAAUAGAUAUCUAUAUUUAUACCCGUACAUGUACAACCUUUUGUGCAUAUCUAUGUACAGAUAUACAAAUAUCUAUGUACAGAUAUACAUGUUAUGAAUUUGUACAGUAGGAGAUCUCUACAUUUGAUAUAUCCUCUGGACAUAUCUUUAAUAUACAUAUUAUAGCAUAAUUUUUUCAUGCUAGAAAAAGAAAAGAAAAAAUAGCUGCAUACGAUAUGUCUUAUGUACUUUGUUCGCUUUUAUCUACAUCUAUUGGCUCUGCUUGUGCAUUCUGUUUUGUACAUUAGUUUCAUUCCCUUUUCCGGUAUAACUGAGGUAUUUUACAGUUAUUUAACAUAUCGAGAAGGUAACUAAGUAAUAAUAUCUCAUUUGGUAUCUAUCUGUAAUAGAAUUCAAUAAAUGUCAACUACGAAUAUAA